CGACGAGACGUUGGCCAGGAUCCGCCACGUGAGGGCGUCGACCGUUUUGUUUGGCAGCUCAACGUCGCCGGAUUUUCUCGGCUUUCAUCAUUUGUCCUUCCACGGUACCUACAAAUCCGUCCUCUAUUUAUCUAUACUCUGUCAUUGUUAUCUGUAUUCCUAUUUUAUUCUUUACUCUCACUCCUCAAGGAGUUUCCAAGCGGGUCUCCGUCUCUGCGAUUGCUCCUGCAAAGAUGUUCCCGUCGCGGUCGCUUCUCGUCGCGAGCCUGCUGAAUCUAGCGGCGGCCAUUCCAUCGGAGCUGCAAAACGUGCUGAAGAACACUCAUGGCGGAAGUGAGUAUGGUUAUCCGACGGAUUUGACGAGAGGGAUCAUGCCUAUCCCAGUGCAUUCCCAUAAUGAUUAUUGGAGAGAUAUACCCUUCUAUAGCGGCCUCUCCAGAGGAUGCGUCUCCACCGAAGCCGAUGUGUGGCUGUAUAACGGCACCCUCUAUGUCGGACAUGACGAGUCUUCCUUGACUGAAGAACGGACCUUUGAGUCCCUCUAUGUGAAGCCCAUGCUAGAAGUCCUUGAACGCCAAAACCCCCAAACUCCCUUUGUCACGUCGCCCACGAACAAUGGUGUUUUCGACACGGAUACAUCUCAGACGAUGUACUUCUUUGUUGAUUUGAAAACAUCAGGGCCAAAGACCCUCGAGGCCGUGACUGCUGCGCUGCAACCCCUCCGUGAAAAGGGAUACCUCACGGCAUUGAAGAGCAACAAGACCAUCACGCAUGGACCUAUCACCGUGAUCGGAACCGGGAACACCCCAUUGAAUCUCAUCGGACCCGUUGCAGACCGGGAUAUCUUUUUCGACGCGCCUCUGCAUGCGCUGAACCAGCCGGAGUAUGCGGGUGUCACGUCUCUGAUCUCACCCAUCGCAUCGACAAGCUUUAAGCGGGCGGUCGGGGCUCUCAACUCCAGUGACGACAAUGCGAUCCUAAGUGAAGAGCAGCUGGAUAGUCUGCGGUCGCAGAUCCGAACAGCCAAGAAACGAGGAAUUGGCGCCCGGUACUGGGAGACUCCUUACUAUCCUAUCUGGGCUCGCAAUGCGGUCUGGAGGACGCUUCUUCAGGAGGGGGUGGCGCUGUUGAAUGCGGAUGAUCUGGAUGCGGUGUCUGAGUACUUCUGAUUCUAAGCAUAGACGAGGAGUGGCAUCUCUAAAGCGACCGUUGUUUUAGUGUCACCGUGUUGACGAUGAUGUCAUUUGUAUGAGUUUACAUCGCAUUCCAAGUCGCUCGGACGAUGAACGGUUAGCAUCCCAAUUGCACCUGUAGAGAUAAGGUAAAAGGGAACUCGAGGCCAAUUGACCUCGACGAAGUGUAAAAAGAGGAAUAGAUGAAAUUACUUGAUUGUACUGGAGGCACGUGAUACCCC